AUGUCAUCUCAGACAGAGCCCUCAGGACAGAGAGCAUUUCGCCCCCUCCCUCGUGUGGAUCGCACUGGAGAGCACACUGACUCGGAGGCAUCUCAAGUAACGGUUGAGUCACUUGGGGAUUCAUUCGAUACCCUCGGAGUUGAUGAUACCAUAUCUGAAACUAUUUACUACUCGGAGAGGGAGCGUCCUCCUACGUACUAUAGCACCAGGGUUACCGAGGUUGUACGGUCUUACUCUAUCCCUGAGGAUAGUCAAAUUUCAACAAACUGGAGACCUGGAGCAGGGUACCCACAUCCUGACAUUGGUCAGUCGUUAACCGUUUUAAGUCACGACUACGGAAACCAGAGCGGUAACAAUGUUGCUGGUAAUGCAGAUGCGACUGCAAUUACCAACCUUGGAUAUCAUGACGUACCAACCCCCAAUUCCGAGCACAACAGUCCAGGGAUUUAUGACAGCUUUGUACAUACUCCGACGGGGGCAAUAACAGGAGAACGUGAAUCAAAUACCAUGAUUCUCAGCCCUGUUCGGAGACAGAACUAUGACACUGCUCCGAUAAACACGUCGUCGUCGUCUGGGAAGACGCCUUCGCGUUCAACGCUUUCGUUCUCUCUGACAGGCUCCAAAUCUUCACCCCACAUUAUAGAUACCAAGUACAUCAACAAAAUGGAGAAAAAAGAUAUACCAUUAACCGGCAGGCCUUUGGCCUACAUGCAAUCCAAUGUAUUGGAUACACAAGAUUGUUUUCCCCUCUGGAUGCAUGUGCUAGCCACAUCCUUGCAACCUGGAGACGUAGGAAUCUUCGACGAAUAUGGAACUUUCUGCAGCCACUUUAACAUCUCUCUCACAUGGCAGCAGAAUUGCGAGCGUUUUGGUCGAGAUCCUCCGAAUGGGUUUAAGCCAUUUGGGAACAUCAAUGUGCUCCCCACAUCAUAUAUCCCUGAUUUCAUGAACCGCACUGAGGGAUUUCAAUCUUUUGACCGAACUUUUGAUACGUAUGGAUCUCAAUCCAGGUCAAGAUUCAAAUUCAAGCUUAUACCAGACCUGUGUGACGAAAUUGAGGCAGCACUCAUUUUUCCCGAUAGGUUGCCUUGCUCGAAGAACUACGCCUCGGAUUUGUUUACUAACCUCAAAAAGGAAGAAGGGGUGGAUUACCUUAAGGCCCAGGUCGACAAUUGGUACCAUCAUAUAUCCUCCCAGAUAUCGCACGAAGUCAAGAAUGCUCAUCUUAUUCUUAUUGAGAGGACGUACACAACAGGGCAAUGUGGCCAGGUGCUUUACCGAAGAGACCGGAAUAAGAGAGUUGACAAGGGUUUUAUUGAAGGGGUUUUUGAACCAAGGCCGACAGGUACUGAUGCUCAAGGCCAACCAUGGUACGAGUAUGAGUGGACGGUGGUGGGGGAUGGUUCUGGGAAAGUCUGGGUGAGGGAUAACAAAUCAGGAGGUCACGGUGUGGGUGGACCUGACAAAGAAUAUUGUAUUGGGAUCUCUGCGCUCACUCUGACGAAAAAGAAGAAAUUAUUCUGA